AUGUAUACAGUGUACAGAAUACAGUUACAGUACCCCAUUGGCGGAAUCGGUGAUAUGUUUGCAUUAUUUCGAGAACAUGGAUGUUUACCAAAUCGAGCUGUUCAAAUCUAUGGUGCUGAACUGGGAUUGGCUCUGGAUUUUCUGCAUAAUAACGGAGUUGUGUAUCGGGAUCUCAAACUUGAAAAUAUUGUGCUCGAUUCGUUGGGCCAUGUAAGAGUCGUAGAUUUCGGUUUAUCGAAGCAACUUUUGAAUGGGGAAUAUACGGCAACCAUCUGUGGGACUCUACAGUACAUGUCACCCGAUGUUGCAUGUGAGAAACCAUAUUCACAUUAUGUGGAUUGGUGGUCACUAGCUGUUCUUCUUCAUAUUCUUGCCACUGGCCGCUAUCCUUAUCCUAAUGCUAACGCAACUCAUCAUCAAGAACUCAGGUUCGUCGACUACAGUACUCCCCUAGAAUGUGAGCACGAUUUGGGCGGACUUUUCGACGAGAUGCUAGUGCCUUCAUUUAACAAGAGGCUAUGCACAUUUGAUGCUUUUCGAAAACACGAUUUUUUCAAAUCCAUCGAUUUUGAAGAUGUUCUUGCGCUUAGGUACAAUCCUCUAGACGAAAUAUUAAGAAAAGAUGAUAACAGCGACACCACAUCCAUUGUUGACUGGGACAGCGAAGAAAGUAUGGAAGCUUUUGGCGAGAAUUAUGAGUUCGAGAACUUCGACUACUUCAACGAUGAGGUCUAG